AUGCACGUGAAAAUUCCUGGUGACAUUGACAACGCUUGUGCUUUGAAAGUUGCUGCAAAAGCAAAGGCGAAAACUCCAAUUCAACCAUAUUUAAUACUUGUGGGCCCGAAUGCAUUGGACUUGAAAAAAAUUUACAUUCAAGUUGAUAAUCAUCGUUUUGAAGCUUCAACUUUUGCGGAUGGAUUCGACUUACUUUUCAAAUUUUAUUUAAUGUUUAAACUCGCGUAUCCGAUAGAAAGUCAGCAUUUUUGGUACUUUAUACAGUGGGGUGUUUAUAAAAUUAAAACUGAGUCUGAUGUGCAAAUACCCUCAAUUUUCACUAUUGUAAAUAAAUUAAAAAUUAACUUACCUAAUCCCGGUAUUACACAAAACUUAGCCCAAGCAAUCAUCAAGGAUUUUCAACUGUUGAUGACAAAAGUAUCUACAGCUACUUUAAAAAAUUUAAAACAACGCAUUCCGGCAGAGUACCAUGAGCUGAUGGAAAGAUAUUUUGACUUUGACAUUUUUGAUAAUUUUGAUUCUAAUUGGAGAUGUAUGCAGCAAUUUAAAGCUUCCAGUCAUUACGUUGCCCCACAACAAAUAAAAAUUGGCGAGAUAUCUGACAACAAAGUUGUGGAUAACAUCGAUGUUUGGACAAAAAAACCAUGCUUUGGACAAAUAAUUCCGUUACGUGCUCAUCAUGCCCAAGUUGUCAAGUGUCGUAUCAAUAUAUUAUUAACUUUGGCCAGAAAAUUACAGUUGGAUUUAAGUAAAAAGUUUUUGACGAAUGAAGGAUUUAAAAAUUUCGUAGAGUUGGGAUCAGUGCAUCCAUCAUUUGCAUUUCACUUAUCAAAUAACUCAGAAAAUAAUUCCGUUUUUGGCAUCAUUACUGCAAUUUUAUCUGAUACAAAAACUAUUUAUUUUUCUUAUAAAAAAUGUACAACCAUUGGGCUUAAUACUCAUAUCAAAGCAUAUCAAUUGAUAGCACCGAAAGCAAUUAUAGUGUACUUGUAUAGCACACUAGUCAGAGCAGGUUGCCUAUAUGGAGUGGAGACAUGGGGCUGUGAAAAAGUGAAAAAAAUAGAAGUACUACAAAAUAAAUUAGACAGAUCAGCGUUGGGAGUUGCAAGAAAUACUCCUAAAUAUAUAAUAAGGAGAGAAAUAGGAGAGGAAGAGAUUAGAUGGAAAUAA